AUGCUGUCAUGGAAAUUUCAUCAAUCAAAUGUUACUUUUGUGUUCCUUGAGAUUCUUUUGCUACUGCAUCUGAUUCAACAUCAUUCAGCUGACGGAGGAAUCCUUAACAGUAUUCUGGGUGUUCCAUCGGAGUGUUUCCAUCAAAAUGGAGUAUGGCCAUGCAAGUUGUCAUUUUCCUGUUGGAUUCAAGGUGGUAAGCAUGCCAAAGGAUGUGGCAACAACAAGUGGUUAUUUUCUUGCUGCAUAUCUGAAAAUGAAGUAACUCCGGCAAACUUCGGAUUCAACCUCAUGAAAAUGAACGAUCUCUCAAAAAGAGUUAUGCUGAAACGCAGAGAUGACAAUGAAUUGUUUCCAAUGGUUGAAUGCGGUUUACCUAGAACUUUUCAAAAUACCCUUCAAAAACGAAUCAUCGGCGGACGUCCAUCAAGGUUCGCUGAAUACCCUUGGCAAGCUCACAUACGCAUCGCUGAAUUCCAAUGCGGUGGCGUUUUAGUUUCUACAAAUAUGAUUGCAACUGCUGCACAUUGCAUUCAACAGGCCCGGUUGCAAGAUAUAUCGGUGUUUCUGGGCGAAUUGGAUACACAAAAUUCAGGAACAAUAUUGGAACCGAUUCCGGUGGAGAAACAUAGAGUUAUACAAAAGAUCAUACAUCCGAGAUUUAAAUUUCGAAUGACACAACCAGAUCGAUAUGAUUUGGCUUUGCUGAAACUUGCAAAACCAACUGGUUAUAGUGAUCAUAUUUUACCAAUUUGUCUCCCGAUUGCUCCGAUUAAUCUGACAGGGAGGAAAGGAAUCAUCGCUGGAUGGGGAAAAACCGAAGCCAAUAUGGGUUAUUCGGGCACAAAUAUCCUCCAAGUUGCAUCAGUACCUAUUAUUGAUCCACUGGACUGUGUUCGAUGGCAUGAAAUCAAGAAAAUCAGUGUUGAAUUGUUUGGUGAAAUGUUUUGUGCGGGGCACUCUGAUGGCCAUCAAGAUGCUUGUUUAGGCGAUUCUGGUGGUCCAUUAAUAAUAAAAGAUCAUGGUCGUUAUACAUUGGUUGGCAUUACAAGUGCCGGCUUCGGUUGUGGUGUUGAUCAUCAGCCUGGUAUUUAUCACAACAUACAAAAAACGAGCAAAUGGAUACAAGAAGUUAUACUAAGGAAUUCAUGAAAA